AUGUGGCCUAUGGUGUCUACACGUCGUCUCAUCAUCGCAGAGGCAGCAGAAUGUGCUGAUGUGUACUACGGCGGCCACAACCCCACCAAGAUGAACAAAGGCUACACCUCGAACAACUGCGAAAAGUGCUGUAAGAAAGCUGCUCACCUCGUCGGGAUGAGCGAGAGCGAUAUACUCGGAAUGAUGCUGAUCAUGAACAAGAAAGCGAAGUGCUCAUGCUGUGCACCGUACAGCGCUCUUGAGAGAAUCCUCGCAGUGCCGGUACUGGUUCCUGCCUUCCAACCGCCGCCACCACCACCACCACCGUACCAGCAGAAUGUACCACCAGUCAGCUAUCAACAGCCAGCAUAUCCAACAAAUAACGAACAACCCACCGGAUAUUGA